GCUGUGGAAGAGUUACUUAAAGAGGCAAAACGUGGGAGAACCAGAGCUGAAACAAUGGGAGCUAUGGGUUGGUUGAAAUGUCCUCUUGCUGGUACAAAUAAAAGAUUUCUUAUUAAUACCAUCAAAAACACGUUACCAUCUCAAAAAGAACAAGACCAAGAGCAUGAGCAAAAGGAAGACAGUAAGGAGCCUGAGCCAAACAAAAGCAGGAAAGAAGAAAAACCAAAGAAGCGCAGAAUUCACCCAUAUACACCCAGCUUUCAGUCCAGAAGGAGAGUCAGCUACUCUCCUCCAAGGCACCGAAACAGGAACCAGCACACAAAGGAUAAGCAUGAAAAGCGAUCAAGCAAACGAUGAGCAGAGUGACGAAUAUGUGUUGUUACAAGCCAGGAAUGUCAUUAAGUGUCAGACUGCAGGGUUGUCUCAGUUUUUCAGGAAAAGAUGCUGUUCAAAGUUGAAUUUUGAACCGAGUUGCUUAUGUGAGAAGUAACCUUGAGGUAGCUUUCGAAAACCUUUCUUCAGGACCUUUAAGAGAAAAGCAAAGUGCAGCAUAAAUCUUUCAGUCGUUUUAGAACAGACAUUCCUUUCCCCUUGCUCCAUUCCUCUCUCCCCUUCUAAGCUUAGGGUCUUGGUGAUGGAGCAUGAUACGUGUGUCACUGUCCGAUACAACUAAUUUAGUCAUGUCACUCUUUGGAAAGAAACUUAAAUUAAGCAGAAAUCUAUUUAUUGUGUAAAGUUGGCAGAGCUUCUUUGCUGGUAACCAAUAAAGAAGUUUUGCGUGUUUGGGUUAGUUUAGUUUUACAGAAUCUAGAAGAAGGGAAAGCUGGUCAGUGCCUGGCCAAGCACAUACAUUUUGUAUAGAAUAUAAGAGUUUGCUUUCUUUACUAUAAAAAGAACAAAUUUUAAAUGGACAACACUGGUUUUGCUUUCUAGGAGGAACUAUGAGGAAAUACUGAUUUUGCUUGUUAUUGUAUAUUCACAAACCUCUCAUAGAUAAUAGUAAACAUUACCCCUAAAAAGCCAUAACUGCAAUAAUUGUCUCUGUUUAGACUUCCCUCUGUAAGGAAGUAGUUUGAACAGUCUGUUGUCAUGGUGCUUUCAAAACAAACCUUGAACACAAAAUUAUCCUAUUCUGUGUCCACUGCUAGGAAGUUUUCAAGUAAAUGCCUAAUACUAGAAAUGCAGCAGUGAUACUUAAAAACAGUCAAAUGUUCACUUUCCUGUGUGACAAUUCUGUAGUGGUACAGUUCUUAAACUUGUGAUGACUUGGAGCACAUAUAAUACACAUCGGCAUAUUCUACGUCUCACUUCUGUUUGUGUUGCAAUAACAAACUUCUGUGUGAAAUAUUUUGUAUUUCGGUACUCAAAAAUAAUUGUUUUGAACACAGGUUUCUGUUUUUAAGUGUGUUGACAAUAAAAUCGAAAAUGUUCAUU